AUGGGUGGCCGCGGAGGACGUGGAGGUGGUCGCGGUGAUGAUGAUUUCGAUAUGGGAGGCGGUGGAGGACGAGGUGGUGGUGGUCAGGGAGGAGGAGGUGGUGGACGACAAGGAGGUAGAGGUCGAGGAGGAGGAGGGGGCGGUGGACGAGGAGGUGGAGGAGGAAGAAGGCGGAACGGCUGAAA